UAAUGUUGAAUAGUUUUUAAUAGCCAUAUUCCAACAAAAGAGAGCAAAUUUUGAUGGGCUUUUGGUCUGCUAGUGGAGUUUUUCCUUAGGGUGUCUUUGAGUGACGUAACAAACUGUAAAUCUAGCGUUGAGUCAACUGACAACUAUUACAACUAUUCAGACAAUUCAAAACAAUUUCUAAAACUUUGCACAGUAAAUUAUUUAAAAGAGCUUUGUGGAGCAGAAAUACAAAUUAAACGAAAAAAUAGGAAAAAGCAGAGAAACUACCCCCACAAAAUGCUUUCAAUCGUUAUAUUUAUUGCUCAUCUUAUACUGUUGAUGUUCACAGUUUAUGGUUUAACCAAUCUUUACUCAGACUCACACUGCAGGAAACGUUCUGCUCUCUGGUUGUAUGUAUUAACUGAAGAAUGUGCAUCGAAGCACAUUUUAAUAACGGCAGCGCCUUUCUGAUACUAGUUGUGUAGACUCAUUUUCCUAAACAGAAGGAAAGAGUUGUCCUGAAAUUCUUUCUGAGAAAUGUGGCGAUACAGUGAUAAUGGUUGAUCUAAUGUAGUGUUUACUAUAAACGGUGAUCAAAAGAAAACGCCUUCGCUUCCAGAUAAUUCCACGAGAAACUACUCUUCCUUCUUGACAUAUCGGUUGGUCUAGUUGUUGGCUGCAAAGGCCGAUCAAAAGAAAACGCCUUCGCUUCCAGACAAUUCCACGGAAAACAUUCUUUCUGUUGAUCCUGACCUAUCGAAUUCAACAAACCAAAAGAAAAGCAAGCCAUGUAGCUACAGCAGGAACGUGGAGAGCUUUGCAACGAAAUGUGGUGAUGACGAGCACACGUGAUAUCGCUAGACAAAUUGCUUAGUACAUAGCAGUUUACCUUGGAUUCGUUUUGAGUGAUGAUUACGAACCCAACCUACGUUUGGUAAGAAAACAAAACAUUUUAUAGCUGUCUUUAUAUGGUGUUGGAUGCUAUAUUUUAGAGAUCAAAAAUGAUGGAAUAGACCUAAUCGGCUAACGCGUUACCAUGUACGUUACCAUCCAAUUCAAAUCCUGUGGGAAAAAGAACUUUUGUUUCUAAGAAUUCAACUAUGAAAUGAAAAUACAACGAACAAUGAAACUUAUUACCGGAUGGUUUGAUUUGGUUCGAAACGUUUAUAGCAAUUUUCCACAAUUUCCUUUGAGUAUCCAGCAAUUUUGUUUUUCUCAACAAUGUUUAUGGUGUUUGGUGAUCAUUGAAUGUUACAAUUCUUGCUUCUCCACACUACAGUGUUAAGCUUAUACUAGUGUUUGAGUGGUCACUUUCCGGAUGAGAAGGAAAAAUGAUGAUCCACAUAUCCAAAUCUUAAAAGGAAACGAUCGAAAAUAGUAAUAAACUGAACAAAGGAGAUCAUCAAAUAAUGAGUUGCUUAAGAUAUUGGUUUCGUUAUUCAACAAACGCCACUCCUUUGAUAAAAGCUAUUCUCGACGGCAAUAAUGAACUAUCACGAGAACUAAUUACUCAAGGUGAAGACCUCAAUGUCACAGAUAAUGAAGGAGGAACACCUUUGAUUUGUGCUGCAUUCAAGGGCAAUAAAGAGAUCGCUGAAAUACUAAUUGAUGAAGGUUCUGAAGUCAAUCAAAGAAAUCAUAAGAAACAAACGGCCCUCUUUUAUUCAAUUGCGAAUAACAACGAAGAGGUUGCACGGCUACUCGUUUUAAAAGGUGCUGAUGUCAAUGUAUCUGAUAAACAUGGACAAACUCCUUUAUUCCAUGCAGCUGAAAAUAAUAACGAAGAGUUUCUACGAAUGUUGAUUGAGAAAGGUGCUGUCAAUGUAUCUGAUGAUAUAUAUGGACAAACUCUAUUCAUUGCCGCUAAAAAUAACAACGAAGAGGUUGCGCGACUGUUGAUUGAGAAAGGUGCUGAUGUCAAUAUAUCUAAUAAAUACGGACAAACUCCUAUAUUCGAGGCAGCUAAAAAUAGCAACGAAGAGGUUGCACGAAUGUUGAUUGAGAAAGGUGCUGAUGUCAAUGUAUCUGAUAAAGAUGGACAAACUCCUUUAUUCAGUGCAGCUACAAAUAACAACGAAGAGGUUGCACGACUGUUGAUUGAGAAAGGUGCUGAUAUCAAUGUAUCUGAUAAAAAUGGAACAACUCCUUUAUUCAGUGCAGCUGGAAAUAAGAACGAAGAGGUUGCACGACUUUUGAUUGAAAAAGGUGCUGAUAUUAAUGCUUGUUCCAAGUCUGGAGAAAAUCCGUUAUCCACAGCACUUAAAUGUGGCACGGAAAAGAUGGUAAUGACAUUAAUGAACAUAGGUGCCAAUAAUAAUGUUUGUAAAAAUCAUGCAGGGACUAAAACUUUUCAUAUUGCUUUGAAUCAUGGAAAGUAUGAAGUUGCCAAAAAACUGUUGGAAUUGAGCGUCACAGAUAUGGAUAUUGAAGACAACAAUGGUUGAACGGCCAUAUUUCAUUUGCUAGGUAGAUAUGUGGGCAAUUAUAAAAUUUAUAGCUUAAUUUCUGCGCUCGACAAAGUUAAGAUGAAGAUGAGUGGCGAUUGUUCUACUCUUGUUAAAAGGCAUGAAAGACAAGACCUUACUCGCAAAGUGGCUUCUUCUUGCAGUAAUAUUAAUAAAAGGGACAACCAAGGUCGAACUGCGCUUUCUUAUGCUAUAGAGAGAAUGAAUGAUGAUGAAGAAUUAGAAAGUUUGGCACGAAUAAUUAUCGACGCUGGUGCUAAUAUUAACUUAGCAGAUGAUAAAGGACAAACGCCGUUGUUUUAUGCAUCGAGGCCUUCCGCCGUACGGUUGUUAUUAGAACAUGGUGCAUAUUUAACUGUUCGGAAUAAUCAGCAGGAAACCGCCUUGAUUCAUAUUCUUGCUGAGAAAGACCUUUAUUUCGACUACGACAAAGUAUCACAUUUAUACGAGCAGUGCAUUAGUGUAUUGCUCAAUUACGUAGACACUACUUACGUGAACGCAAGAGACAUGUAUGGCAGAACAGCAAUGUUCUAUGCAGUUACACAAUUUGAUGAUAGUAAAAUGUUUGAAGUUAUAGCGACGAUGCUUGUUCGCAAGGGGGCUGUUGUAGACGAUA